CAGCUGUAGAGGCAGAACCAAAGGAGCUGGGAUUCUUUACACUUCCUAACCAAUGUAGUUCUUCAAAACUGAAUUGGGCUGCCUUUUGACAGGGAGUUCCUUAUCCCUGGAAGUGUUUGAGCAAAAGCUUGACUCAUUGGAACGGGGCCGCUAGGGAAGAUUCCUGCACAGGGCAGAGGGCACACAAUCUGGUCAUCCUUCCAGCUUCCUCCCAGCUGGACGAUCCCGAUUUUCAUCCACUCCCCCUGCCUACCAGUCUCCGAUUGUUGGCCUGGGGCAGCUGCAGAAAUGGGCAAAGAGCAGCCUGUGGGUUCAAGACCCGCUAGUGCCCCCUGGCCGGGGCGCAGGUGGAUCCACUGACCCCGCGCACCCAGGGUUCGCGUGCUGAUCUGCUGGCAGGCUGGGAGCCGGCCUAGAACUGCCCAGCAGCGCAGUGACCCAGCGUCCCACCUUCUCGUGACAACACAGGCAACUCCCGCUCCACGGAGACCGGCAAUGCCCCGGCGCACAGCCUCCCGCGCCAGCCUUGCUCCGGGAGUCUCUUUCCUCCCAGGGCCUCAGUCUGACGCCCACAGCCCUUCUCAGGAAGCUGACUCCCAAACCCGGGCAGGGGGUGUGGGCCGAGGCCGAAACCCCGCCCCCAGGGGUCCCUGAUCUUUGCCCCCGCCCCGGGCUCCGCGCCUCCCCUAGAGGCUACCGGCCGGCCGGCGGCGCUGCCUUUUGUGCGUUUCGCUCAGAGGUGCCAGAGACCCCCACCCCCACCCCCCCACUCCCGCCACAGCCGUCCGCCGCGUCCCCUCGCGGCCCCCGGCCCCUCCUCUCGGAGUCCCCAGCCCCCCUGCUCGGCUCUGCGUGCCAGCUCGGGGCUCGCUGGUUCGCUCCCCGCGGCGCCAGGAGGAGGGGCGAGGGCCGGCAGCCCCCUCCCCCGCGCGCGGCGCCGGAGCCCAGCCGAGCCGGGGGGACCCGCCGCCGCCGGUCAUGUGGGCCGGACUGCUCCUCCGGGCCGCCUGCGUCGCGCUCCUGCUGCCGGGGGCCCCGGCCCGCGGCUACACCGGGAGGAAGCCGCCCGGGCAUUUCGCGGCCGAGAGACGCCGGCUGGGCCCCCACGUCUGCCUCUCGGGCUUCGGGAGUGGCUGCUGCCCUGGCUGGGCACCAUCCAUGGGCAGUGGGCACUGCACCCUUCCCCUCUGCUCCUUUGGCUGCGGGAGGGGUAUCUGCAUUGCUCCCAACGUCUGCUCCUGCCAGGACGGAGAGCAAGGGGCCACCUGCCCAGAAGCCCACGGACCCUGUGGAGAGUAUGGCUGUGACCUUACCUGUAACCAUGGCGGCUGUCAGGAGGUGGCCCGGGUGUGCCCCGUGGGCUUCACCAUGACAGAGACAGCUGUCGGCAUCAGGUGUACGGACAUUGACGAAUGCUUAAGCUCCUCCUGCGAGGGCCAGUGCGUGAACACAGAAGGCGGAUUUGUGUGUGAGUGUGGGCCCGGCAUGCAGCUGUCUGCCGACCGCCACAGCUGCCGAGACACUGACGAAUGCCUCGGGACCCCCUGUCAGCAGAGGUGUAGAAACAGCAUCGGCAGCUACAGGUGUUCCUGUAGACCGGGUUUCCAUCUCCAUGGCAACCGGCACUCCUGUGUAGAUGUAAACGAGUGUCGGAGGCCUCUGGAGAGGCGAGUCUGUCACCAUUCCUGCCAUAACACCGUGGGCAGCUUCCUGUGCACAUGCCGACCUGGUUUCAGGCUCCGAGCUGACCGCGUGUCCUGUGAAGCUUUCCCCAAAGCCGUGCUGGCCCCCUCUGCCAUCCUGCAGCCCCUGCAGCACCCGCCCAAAAUGCUACUGCUGCUCCCGGAGGCGGGCCGGCCUGCCCUCUCCCCUGGACACAGCCCUCCUUCCGGAGCCCCGGGGCCCCCAGCUGGCGUCAGGACCACCAGCCUGCCGUCUCCCACCCCUGCACCACACACUUGGCCGCCAGCCACCCUGGUGGCCACUCCUGUGCCUAGUGCCUCCCUCCUGGGAACCCUGGGACCUCCCUCGCAACUACAGGAGGUGACUCCUUACUUGCCCAGGGGCCCAGAGGCCACGUGGUUGGCACCAGGGUCCUCUGCCUGUUGGCACCUGGGAGCCACUUAUGAGUCUGGAAGCCGCUGGACAGAGGCCGGGUGUUCCCAGUGCCUGUGCCAGAACGGGGAGGUGAGCUGUGAAAAGGUGAUGUGUGAAGCUGCUUGUUCCCACCCGAUUCCCUCCGAAGAUGGAGGCUGCUGCCCGUCGUGCACAGGCUGUUUUCACAGUGGCGUCAUCCGAGCCGAAGGGGACGUGUUUUCACCUGCCAAUGAGAACUGCACCGUCUGUGUCUGCAUGGCCGGAAAUGUGUCCUGCAUGUCCCCUGAGUGUCCUCCCGGCCCCUGUCAGACCCCCCUGAAGUCAGAUUGUUGUACUUGUAUUCCAGUGAGAUGCUAUUUCCACGGCCGGUGGUACGCAGACGGGGCUGUGUUCAGUGUGGGAGGUGAUGAGUGUACCACCUGUGUCUGCCAGAACGGGGAGGUGGAAUGUUCCUUCACACCAUGUCCGGAACUGGAUUGUCCCCGAGAGGAGUGGUGGCUGGGCCCUGGACAGUGCUGCUUCACCUGCCGGGAGCCCACACCCAUGACAGGCUGCUCUCUCGACGACAACGGGGUUGAGUUUCCUAUUGGACAGAUCUGGUCUCCCGGUGACCCCUGUGAGUUAUGCAUCUGCCAGGCAGAUGGCUCAGUGAGCUGCAAGAGGACAGACUGCGUGGACUCCUGCCCUCACCCAAUUCGGAUCCCUGGACAGUGCUGUCCGGACUGUUCAGCAGGCUGCACCUACACAGGUAGAAUCUUCUACAACAACCAGACCUUCCCAUCCGUGCUGGACCCGUGUCUGAGCUGCAUCUGCCUGCUGGGCUCGGUGGCCUGCUCCCCGGUGGACUGCCCCAUCACCUGCACCUACCCUUUCCACCCCGACGGGGAAUGCUGCCCGGUCUGCAGAGAUUGCAACUACGAGGGAAGGAAGGUGGUGAACGGCCAGGUGUUCACCUUGGACGAUGAGCCUUGUACCCAGUGCACGUGCCAGCUGGGAGAGGUGAGCUGCGAGAAGGUGCCCUGCCAGCGGGCCUGCUCGGACCCCUCCAUGCCCCCUGGGGACUGCUGUCCCUCCUGUCCAGAUUCCCUGGAAAGAAGAGCCGUGGAGUCUGGCAAGGCAGCUCGGAGCCCCCGUGGGGACACUGAGGGCCCGGUGAACUGUAGCUCGUGCCCAGGCCCCCCAGCAGCGUUGCCUGAGAGACCAGUGCCCCAUGUUCUCCAGCUCCUCCUCAGAACGAACGUGACCACCACGCAGACUCUACCCACGAGCCCCUCAGGAGACCAGGCCUCACCCUCACCCCAUCCGGGGCCUGGGGGCACAUUCCCAGGGGAGCCGGGGGCCUCCCAGCCCUCCCCGGGGCCUUUGAUCCUUCCAAGAGCCUCCACUCUACCUCUAGCCGCUCCUGGAGCUCCUGGGCCUCCUCCUGUAACCCCAGAGCCUGAAUCCUCAUCUGGAGCCCAGACAGCGACCAGACAACCCUCUCCGCCUGCCAUCGUCCUGACUGAACCGUCAGCCCGUUCCACGACGGCCCCCAGCCCCUCAGAGACCCCCGCCACCCUCCUCCGGCCUCGCAGACUCUCUCCCGCCGCCUCCAGACUGUCUGCAGCCCUGGCAGUCAUGGCCAGCCCCAGCCCCCCGCGCACGGGGACCUCAGAGGGGGAGGAAUCCACCGGGUAAGCCGGCCUCGGCUUCAGGGCCCUGCCUGGGAGACUUCGGACACAGAAAACUGCCAGGGGCCCUGGGCGCUGGCAGGGAGGCUCUGGGGCGACCGAGGCUGGCGACGCCAGAGGCUCACUGCUGCGGGGCUCCUGGGGGGAAACGUCCCCGGGGUCCAAUGCAGCCUUGUCCCCAAGAAGCAUUUGGAAUGUGCCGUGAGAGGAGGCAAACGGCAUUCUCCACGGUCGCAUCCUCCUCGGACACCACGGCGGCCUGUCUUGGAAGGAAGGCUGGGGCUGCUGAGCUCCCUGCUCUGGAGGAGAAGAGUCAGAGGGCCUGGGAGUCCCCUGGGAUUGUGCCUCCAGCCGUCCCUCGUCCCUCCCUGAGGUUUCCCUAUUAAAGGCUGUCUCCGUCUUCCCCGCUCC